GCUUCACAAAUUUUGUGAUUGCGCAUAAAGAAUCCACGGACGUGUACAGUGAAUGUUUUUGCAAACAUGCACCAAUCCGCAGUCACGUUUUCCUCAUACUAUUGCUGCGAGCGGUUAGCUGCAUUUUCUUUUGUUAAUCAUGUCUAGUUUUUUGGAUGACACCUGAGCACAUCAAGCAGUUCCGCAGACAUCGAACAGCCGGAAAUUCAUUACAAAAUCACGCAACAGACAACAACAAUAAGCCCAAUGGUCGAUAAUAGCACGUACCUGGUUACCGAGUGUACAUGGAAUCGUGCACUGGGACUGGAUGAGAAUGGGACAGGAGCAGGCGAAACCGUAACAACCAAUCCCAGUCUGUACGUGUAUUUUGUAUUUUACCCGUUGCUGUUGGCAUGCUGCACAAUAGGAAGCAGCCUGACUAUCGUUGCACGAUUGAACGAUCCGGAUAGCCGCAAGACGUCCACUACGGUGUAUAUGGUGUGUUCGGCCUUCGGAAAUCUAUGCAUUUUGUGGUCAAUCUUCCCCGAUUAUCUUGUUACCGUAUUUUUGAACGGUGCAAAUGCGGGAAACGAUUCCGAUCAAAGUUAUAAUUCCUUCACAAAUGGAUACCUCGCAUACAGAGGAGUCUGUACGUUCUGGAACGAAACUGCAACGCAGUUUGUGGACUGGACGCUGAUAAUAUUUGCGCUGGAACGGCUCCUGUUUGCGUUGCGACCUUUAUCACGUACACUAACCAGAGCUGUUAAGGCAACAUGGCGGCGAGCAGUUUUAAAGGAGUGUAUCAUUUUAGUCUUAGCCAUCCUGUUUUCUUUAUGCUAUUUGUGCACAUACUACUACUAUUAUGUCACCAGCGACCAAAAGCUAUCGCUACAGGAUAGCUUGACGCCAUUUCUGAGGAGCUGGUACAAUUUACAAAUCGACGCAGAGAUGGGAAUGUGGUUCGCUAAAUGGUUAAUGCUGCUUAUGCUCGAUACGACGCUCCUUGUGGUCUUGUGGAAGCAUCGGACCUUAGUUAGGGCGUCAGUCGCAUGCACGAAAAGCUGUGCCACCCGCAACGCUAAUGCCACUGUCAUCGCCAGUUUGUUGUUGUACAUGGUAACGCAGUUGCCGUAUGCUUUGCUGACGUGCCUCAAAAUCGCCAGCCGUCCUCCAUACUGCUCAUACCCAAUGACCAACGAGCAAGAAAGCCACGCUCGUCCGAUAAUAAACAUUAUCCAGUGGACUAACUACUCAGUGCCUUUUUUCGUCUACUACGUUGCCAGCCUGACCUUUCGUAAGCAAUGUAAAGCUUUAUACAAGAAAAUAAGCCAUCCUGCGCGAAAAGCUCGCGGAACUCUGAACAGGAUUCUGACGGUUACGACUACAACCAGCCUGGAAUCGAUCAGGUUGAGGAAAACAGAAACUCUGGGUUCGAAUCUAUCGGGAGAGAAUUGUACUUCAAGCGCUGCGAAAGCAGAAAAUAUUUAAGACUUGGUGGCUUCUUUUCUAGUUUUAACGUUAUUCUCCUCAUUAGCUUAAUGUGUUCUUAUACUGUACUUAGUCAAAUGCCACCGCAUGUUUUAUACUUGGAAACUGCGUAGGGUCAAU